AAACGUGAUUCUUCAACCCGAGAUGAUGGGCAUUCAAAGCAUCAUCAUCACAAAAGCCAUAAGAAGAAACGGCGGCGGUCACGGAGCCGGUCUUUUUCGACAUCAUUGUCACCAAUUGCUAGGAGAAACCCAGUUGUAUAUAUGAAUCCUGCUUUUCAGUCUGCAUAUGGUAAUUCGAGAGGCCCAUCGCAUUCAGAUUUCGAAUUGCGAGCUACUCUGAUUAGUCAGCUAUCAGCUAGUGAACAGCGAAUAAGUUCGUUGGAAUCGGAACUGAGAGCUGCACAGUUAGCACGCGGGAGAGCUGAACAAACUGUAUUUGAUGUCAACGCAGAAAAAUUGCGACUAGAAGCACAAAAUUCAGAGAUUUUGCAGGUGAUGAAAACACUUGAACGUGCUGUAGAAAAUUUGCAAAAAACAUGUAGUAGCUUGAAAAUGGAAUCUGAUCGACGUCGAAAAGACGCUGAUAAUGCAGAAAAAACUAUUCUCUCAUGUAAAGAGCAAAAUAAGUUUUUAAAUGAUAGAAAUAUGAAGCUUGUAAAGAAAUGUGAAGAACUGUGUGGAGAAAACAAAGCUAUUCUUAAUAGGCGUGAUGAAUCGUCUAAAGAAAUCGCUGAAAUGAGACCACGAUUCGAAAAAUUACAAAUUGAGCUAAGGCAAAGAAUUGAAGACGGAAGAAAAAUGAUGGCCCAGCUAAGAAGUUAUGAAGAAAAGGAACGAAUAUGGAGAAAGGAAAAAGCAGAUCUAGAAAAGCGAAUAGAAAUCAAAGAUGCGAUGGCAGCUGCUGAAAGAAAAAAUAAUGAUGAAUGGAAAAAGCGACAUCUCAAUGAAAAAGCAGAUUUGGAAAGGAAAAUAAAACUAGUUGAACCAGAAAUACGUCGUUUACUCGAUGCUGAAACAAUAAAGAACGCAGUAGAAGAAAUUCGUGCAUUUUACGAUCAGAAACUGGAGCUAACAUUGAAUGAGCUAAAUACGUUGAAAAUGAAGCUUGCAAAAAAAGCAGAAGAAUCAUCUUCAUCUUCCUCACUUUAUAUUGGAAAACAUCGUUCGAUGUCGGCACCACCAUAUUGUUAUAUGUCAUCUUUUAAAGUCUCUUUAUCGAACGGUGUUCCUUCUUUAUCAUCUACUCUAACUACAUAUUCUUCUUUGUCUAGUCCACCAGAUGGAAAUGAGAAUAUUACAUAA